AUGCCUCGUUCAUCUAGAUCUUCCCGUCCUGCUGCCAGACCUGCUCGUCCUUCAGGACCAUCUCAUCAACAAACUAGAAGUGCACAUACCCAUGCUCCUCCUCCACAGCAACAUGCACCAGUUCAACAACAACAACAACAACAACAAAGACAGCCUUCUGAAGCAGCGCAGCAUCGUCAACCAGGAUUAUUUGGUCAAAUGGCAUCUACUGCGGCAGGCGUAGCUGUUGGUUCUGCUGUUGGACAUACAAUGGCUAAUGGUAUUUCAUCCAUGUUUGGUGGUGGUCAUCAACCAGAAGAAGUACAACAACAAGAAGCAUACCAAGCAUCAUCAGAGAAUGUAAAGAAUUCAUGUGAAGCCGAUGCAAAGGCAUUUACUCAAUGUCUUGAUGCAACAAAUAAUGAUAUGUCUGCUUGUAAAUGGUAUUUAGACGCACUUAAACAAUGCCAACAGAUGGCAUCUCAAUAUUAA